AUGUUGCAAGAGCAAUUGAGUUACUGGAGAAACUGCAAGAAUCUGGAGAAGUACCAGUACACAAGCUACAGUCCCUAAAGAAGGUGCUGCAGAGUGAGUUUUGUACAGCCAUCAGAGAGGUGUAUCAAUACAUGCAUGAAACCAUAACUGUUAAUGGCUGCCCCGAAUUCCGAGCCAGGGCCACUGCAAAGGCAACAGUUGCUGCUUUUGCUGCAAGCGAAGGCCAUUCACACCCGCGAGUCGUGGAGCUGCCAAAGACUGAUGAAGGCCUGGGCUUUAAUGUCAUGGGAGGAAAGGAACAAAAUUCACCUAUUUAUAUUUCUCGCAUCAUUCCUGGAGGAGUGGCAGAAAGGCAUGGAGGGCUCAAACGGGGGGACCAGCUGCUUUCAGUUAAUGGAGUGAGCGUGGAAGGAGAACACCAUGAGAAGGCGGUGGAGCUGCUGAAGGCGGCUAAGGACAGCGUCAAGCUGGUGGUACGCUACACUCCCAAGGUGCUGGAGGAGAUGGAGGCUCGCUUCGAAAAACUGAGAACAGCGCGGCGCCGGCAACAGCAGCAAUUGCUCAUUCAGCAGCAGCAACAGCAGCAAACUACACAGCAAAACCAUAUGUCGUAG